AAUCGGAAAUUUGCACAGGGAGUGGAGAUUUCAGAUGUCAAUUUCAGCGUUUCGCUCCACCGUGUUAGGUUGAAAAAGAUUUCUUUUUAACCUUCAGUAGGGACGGCAGUAAGAUGUAUGUUCGUUUGGAUUUGCGAAAUCAGUGGUUUCGGCUGAGUUUUGUUAACAUUGUAUUCGACGAUGCUGAAUGUUAUCGAUAGAAUAGCUAGAAAUGUCGUUGAGCAAGAUCGAGUUGACUUAACAACGAUCUGACUGAUGCGAGAAACAAGUGGGUCAAAGUACCAUACAUUUUACCAGAGUUAUGUUUAUAGCUUUUAAAGAUUCUCUACAGCAGAAUUAGGAAGUCCCGGUAAUUGUAAGGAAAUGAAUUGGAUUUUGGUCUUGGACUUGGUAGUGCUUUGCUUCGUAACCUUUCAACGUAAACUGAGAACAGUGGACGCAUAUGGGGAAGAAGACGAUCGGAGAUGCGAUCCCAUCAAAAUAUCAAUGUGCCAGGAUUUGGGAUAUAAUGUGACUAAAAUGCCGAAUCCAGUAGGUCACGAGUUGCAAACAGACGCUGAGUUGCAGUUACAAACUUUUACACCUUUGAUUCAAUAUGGCUGUUCAAGUCAACUACAGUUUUUUCUGUGUUCCGUUUAUGUGCCGAUGUGCACGGAGAAAAUCGACAUCCCGAUCGGACCGUGUGGUAGUAUGUGCCAUUCUGUGAAGCGGAGAUGUGAACCUGUACUGAAUGAAUUCGGUUUCAAUUGGCCCGACGCUUUAAACUGCAGCAAAUUUCCACCACAGAACGAUCAUAACCACAUGUGCAUGGAAGGGCCUGGAGACGAAGACGUCCCCUAUCACACCAGUAAAACUUCCAUCUCAGCGGAAGAGGAGUGCCGAAAUAUGGGCAACAACUUGCACCAAUACAUCUGGGUCAAGAGAAGUCUUACUUGUGCCCUGAAGUGUGGCUACGAUGUCGGGUUGUACAGUAGAUCUGCCAAAGAAUUCACUGACAUUUGGAUGGCAGUUUGGGCCAGUCUGUGUUUUUUAUCAACAGCUUUCACAGUUCUGACAUUCCUAAUUGAUUCUUCUCGAUUUUCAUACCCAGAACGUCCUAUCAUCUUUCUCAGCAUGUGCUACAACAUUUAUAGCAUUGCCUAUAUAGUCAGGCUCACAAUGGGCAGAGAACGUAUAUCUUGUGAUUUCGAGGACGCCGCUGAACCUGUGCUAAUUCAAGAAGGUCUCAAAAAUACUGGCUGUGCCAUUGUUUUCCUCCUGAUGUACUUUUUUGGGAUGGCGAGCUCCAUCUGGUGGGUAAUCUUGACACUGACUUGGUUCUUAGCCGCUGGUCUCAAAUGGGGACACGAGGCAAUAGAGAUGCACAGUUCCUACUUCCACAUUGCAGCCUGGGCCAUCCCAGCGGUAAAAACCAUUGUCAUUCUGAUCAUGCGGCUAGUGGAUGCCGAUGAACUCACCGGGUUGUGCUAUGUUGGAAACCAGAACAUCGAUGCCGUCACUGGGUUUGUGGUAGCACCUUUAUUCACAUACCUAGUUAUAGGAACGUUGUUUAUUGCAGCCGGUCUUGUGGCUCUAUUCAAAAUUAGAUCUAAUCUUCAGAAAGAUGGGACCAAAACAGAUAAGCUAGAAAGGCUAAUGGUAAAAAUUGGGGUCUUUUCUGUUCUGUAUACAGUCCCAGCUACCUGUGUCAUAGCUUGUUAUUUUUAUGAGAUAUCAAACUGGAAUCGCUUUAAACAUUCAGCGGAUGAUUCGAAUACAGCGGUAGAGAUGUUAAAAAUAUUCAUGUCUUUAUUGGUGGGCAUCACUUCUGGCAUGUGGAUUUGGUCCGCAAAGACAUUGCAUACUUGGCAAAAGUGUUCAAACAAACUUGUGAGUUCAGGACAAACAAAGCGAGAUAAACGUGGAGAUGCCUGGGUUAAACCAGCAAAAGGCAAUGAAACUGUUGUGUAAAUGUGUACAAUGGUGCAAGAAGC